UUAUCAACUGCAGAGAGAUGCAAUGAAUGGUACCCAGAAUCAUACAGUCCUAUCAAUGAACUCUUCCAGAAUUCUCUAAAUGGGAAAGUCCAUGUGCUUUUGGCCCCUUUGUAGCACACGGAGGGGAUGGGGGGGCUGUAUUUGGUCCACUGUCUCCUCCCUCUUUCUUGUGCUUCCCAGCCCUGUGACACAGACUUUGUGCGAGUGCUUCCCUUCCUUCUGUCGGAGCUGCAGCUGCUGCAGUCAUGGCUGCUGAUGGGAUUGACGAGCGCUCCCCUCUCAUUUCUCCCAGUUCCGGCAAUGUCACCCCUACGGCCCCUCCGUACCUCCAGCAAAACAACCUGCAAGCUGAAUUGCCACCUCCAUAUACAGCCAUUGCCAGCCCAGAUGCCAGCGGAGUUCCUGUGAUAAACUGUCGCGUGUGCCAGUCUCUUAUUAAUUUGGACGGCAAACUUCAUCAGCAUGUGGUGAAAUGCACAGUCUGCAACGAAGCCACGCCAAUCAAAACCCCUCCUUUAGGAAAGAAGUAUGUCAGGUGUCCUUGUAAUUGUCUUCUUAUAUGCAAGGAUAUAUCACGAAGAAUAGGAUGCCCAAGACCAAACUGCAGACGUAUCAUUAAUCUUGGUCCUGUGAUGCUGAUUCCUGAAGAGCAGCCGGCCCAGCCCGCUCUCCCAGUCCAGCCAGAGGGUACCAGGGUAGUAUGCGGUCACUGUGGGAACACAUUUCUGUGGAUGGAGCUGAGGUUUAAUACACUGGCAAAGUGCCCACACUGCAAAAAAAUAUCCUCUGUUGGUAGCGCACUCCCACGUAGACGCUGUUGUACAUAUAUCACAAUGGGAAUGAUCUGCAUCUUUAUCGGUGUUGGUUUAACAGUCGGCACUCAAGAUUUCGCACGCCGCUUCCAUGCCACAUACGUCUCCUGGGCUGUUGCUUAUCUUGUAGGCUUAGUAUGUCUUAUUCGUGCUUGCUAUUGGGGAGCCAUAAAAUUCAGUUAUCCAGAACAUAGCUUUGCCUAGAAGCAUCAGAAGAAGGCAAAAGCCCUGCUGGCUCUGCAUUUUUAACCCCUCCUUGGCAGCAGAGAUACAACGCGCUGCACCGCGGCUCUUGCCAACCUUAAAAUGUUUUAAACAUCUUUAUCUAGACAUUUUUCCCCAUUUCUUGUAGGCUGAGGAACAAAGAAACUGUUUGAAACAGUGAAAUGUAAGCAAAUAUCCAUUGCACUAUAUUGUAUGCAAAUAGUUUUGUUUUGCUGCUAGACUUCCAAGCUCUGAAUAUCUAAGCUGUGUUUAUAUGUUCAGACGUGUGUAAUCAUUACAUAAUGCCAUCGUCUUGCAUUCAAUUUCCGUUUUUUGUUACAAUUUUAUUUCCCUUUUUGUAUCAUUCUGUGGGUCUUGUGUUAUUGUUUAAAACAAGUAGGUUUCUCUCCAAGGGUUCGUACAGUGGCUUUCUAUUUAUAUUUUACUGUAUAUAAUUGCGACCUGCUUUUAUAGUUCCAUUGUAACUGCCUCUCAGAGAUGUCCUGCCUGAAUUUGAACAGAAUAUUUUUUCCCAUUGUUGGCCCCAGCAAUCAAAGAGAAAAUAUAUAUCCAUUUAGGAAAAGGAGAACUAAAGCUCAACAAAGAAAAAAGGUGGCCAUACACAUUAAGAUCUGUUCAUUUGGCGAGGUUGCCAAAUGAGCGGAUCUUGUUCCGAUAUGCCUACCUAAAAUGGGUGAUAUGGGGCUAAUUUGAUAGUUUUACAAUGACGGGUUUAGGAGCCGUUGGACCGAGGACCACACCAAUGAGCCAAAAGCUGGAGAAGAUGUUGAUCAGGGAGGCCUAUCGAGGUCGCCAUAAAUGGGCAAAUAAGCUGCCCAAUAGGUCUAAAGGACUUGAAUCAGCAGCUUAAAUCUGCCCAGGUAUGACCACCUUUAGUCUAGAUAUGUUUUGGGCUUUUGCAUCAGCUCAAGGCCACCACUGCUCUUUAGGUGAAUGCCACAUAGGGCUGAUUUUCGGCCUGCGGCUAAAUGCAGGCUGAGAAUCAGCCCCCACAGUGGCAUCACUCCUCCCUGUGUUUGCACCUGGAGCCACUGCCUCAGUGGAUCUCAGCACCAAAAGAGCGAGUAUGCAUUUCAGCAUCAUAAUUCGCUUCAUGCACCUGGGGUGAUACAAUGGCUCUGGGUACAGGCAGAGCGAAAAGCUGAUGCCAGUGUAGAGGCUAUUUCUCAGCCUGUGUUUAUCCACAUACUGAGAAUAAGCCCCACGUGGCAUUACCCUUAGCAGGGAAGUUCUGUGCCUGGAUGCUGCCUCCAGUAACUCCCUAUAUAAAAUUCACAAUUCAAGGCUGAUUAGUGAUGAAAUCAGAUUCACAUUACAUGGCAGCACAGAUUUAUGAAUCCGAAUUAAUGAACAAUCAGCCCUGUAGCAUCAGCUUCAAUGACAGAUGUAACCUCACUUUUUUGUAAUGUCAAGACAAUUUCCGAGGACCCCUAAGCUUAGCUUCUCAACAGCAACACAAAACACACUGAACAUGUGCAGUGUCACUGACAAAAAUGGCCUAGCAAGAUCUAAAGAUGGGAAGAUUUCUAGCCUUAAUCUUUUUUUUUUAGACUUUAGUUCUCCUUAAGCUCUAUCCCUUUAAUUUAGGGCAUUGUUUUAAUUUGGGGUUGUAUUGAAAUGUUUUAGUGUCUUUCUAGCAUGUCAGUUGAAACUCCCAGUGUUUGUGCGACACCUAACCAUUUUAAAACAACCCCUUAAAAGUCUUAUACACAUCUUCUGAACUAAAUUUCAAGAUGGGUUGAGCUUCUAAAGCUGGCCAUACAUUAGAAUAAUCCUUAGUAUGGCAAGAUUGCCAAACAAGCAAAUAUUUGCCUGAUACACCCUCGUAUGUUAUGGGCCAAACUGUUGUCCAGUUGUUUGUCCCCAGGCCAGAGAUUGUUCCGGCAGGCCACUGGUUUGCAUGCAUGGGCACGCAAGUCGGCAGCUAUUAGCAGCCUGUCUGUGGUCACCUUAAUAAAUUUAAAGAGAACUUAAAGAAUUAUCUUCAUUAGCAACUGUAUAUGAAAACCUGUAUAGAAAAACAGCCAAAAUUAUGUCAAACAGCAACUCCCAGCACCUUAAUUUGUCAGUAGGGUGCUAUGAAUUGUACUACCUCUGUAGGACUGCCGGUUGCCCAUUACUACUGUAAAGUAACAUUUGCUUGACCUGCAGCCCUUGUAGAUAGUGGGGGUCUAAAUACCUAUUAAUAACCACAUCCCAUUUUUCACCACGCCUUUAAGAGAAAUCUGUUUUGCCAGAUGUCCCGGCACUCAAGGAUCUUCAUUUUUUUUAACAGUGUUAUAAGCCAUUGUUUUUGCAAUGUAUAGAAUGUACCAAUGACAUUUUUGUAUGAUUCUGUAGCAAGGGAUUAUGGGAUGUGGUGUUGUAUGUCUUUAUAUAAACUCCUGGCAUUGGCUCUAGGCAUCACUGGGAUAGGAAAGUAAGAUUGGUAGUUGGGUUUAGGGCUAUUAAAUUAAAAAAGGAGGGAAAAAAUUAAUUCAGACCCUGUUAUCGGGGAACGAGUUCCUGCCCACAGCAUGAAUGUGUUGUUUACGCUGGAAGGAAUGAUACUACAGCUUAAUGGAAAUCAUAUGCAAAUCAGUAGAGAAAUAUCUAAUUGCCGUUGCAGAGACCCAUUGCACCUUAUAUAGCAGUGCAUGGCGCUGUUCCCAAAGUAUUCUGGAAUAAGUCAAUUUUGGUGGAGCACAGGCUUGAUGUAACGCAAGCUUUGAUUCCUUCUGUACUUGUUGCGUUUUAUAUAUUUACGUUAAAAGACUUUAUACACAGAAUUAUUCAAUAUGCUUGUUUAUGGCAUACGUGGCGUUUUCUUUUUUUUUUUUCGCAGUGAAGAAUCAACAAGAUCCAGCCAUUCUGUCAUUUACAGUGCCAUUUCUAGGGCUGCUGCUGCCCCUUGCCCCUCCACACUUAGCUCUACUGUGCCAGAGCAGGUUUUUUAAAAUAUCCAAAACUGUCUCUUUAAUUUACAUGGGGUGGAUUUUUAUUGCCCUUGGCAAAAUGCUACCUGAGGCAAGGUUUCUAUGGCAAGAACAACCCUGGUCAUUUACUGUAAUGUAAAGCAGUCUGACACUGAUGGUACAGGUAGAUUUGGGAUGAAAAAUGGACAUUGGAGUUAGAGACAUCAGGCACCCCAAGUCCGACAGUGAAAAUGUGUGACAUGAGCCUUAGAACAUUAGCUUCUGUUUAUAGACGUGAAUAAAGUGCUCCUUUAUAUACUGAUAUUGUUUUAUUUCCAUAUCUUACACAGUAAAGCAGAUUUUGCACACAAAAAACAUCUUUAUAUACACUGUAAAUAUAUAUGUGGAAUGAGAAUUGGUCCUGCUGUAUUGGUCUCCAAAGAGCAGAACUGUAUUAUCUAGUGCACAAAUGUCGAUCUUACAGUUCUGUUGCUGGUGGUGACAAUACCUCUGCACGGGAAAGCAGUAUGGUAGAUUCCACUAGCGAUGAUUCCAUAUCAAGUGAGGAUGGAUAUUACCUCAGCAUUGGAAGCUUUUAUUUAUAUCCCUUAAUGCAAACGUACCUAGAAGGAAGGUCUUAUGUACACAUUGAGCUAUAGCCUACAGAUGGCUAGGAGACAAUACGUACUAAAAUCUAUACUUAUGGAAUAUUUUCCCAUUUAAUGAAAGUCCCACAUAUUCGUGUUUUAUGUGGAAAUAUAAAAUAGCCAUAGAUGAGGUAUUUGGGGGUUCUUGCUAUGUUUCUGUUGCCUUCUGUAUGCCAGAGCACAAUUGUAUUUACUAAGUUAAAUUAUCUGUUUCUAUCAUAAAUGUACAUUACCUGUAGCUUGUUCAGGAUUCUAUUGUCUCUUUUAAAAAAAUACUAAUAAAGAUUAUUAUACAAA